ACUUUGGAAAAUAUCUGUGUUAUUUCUAUGCUUCGUUGCGUUCUCGGUCGCUCUUUUUUCUCUCUUCGCCUUUGAAACCGAAGAAACAGUGUGAUUCCGAUUUUGGAUCACCGAACCCUACACUUCUCUCUCCGUCGCUGCAAUCGCUUCCUCCGUCGUUCUCAUCGUUCCAAUUCCUAUCCCUACUAACCCGCGCAUCGCAUUUUCAAUUUCAACCAAAUUCCCAUUCUGAUCAAGUUAGCUCCCACAGAUUAGUGGGGGAAGGGCUGUGGGUAAGGAUGAGUUUGCAACAAAUUGGGCAGCCUAAAUCAUCUAAUGGAUAUGGUCGAUGGAAAUCUGAAAAAGAAAGGGCAACUAAGUCUGAUAAUAAGUUCUCUGGAAAAUCAAAUGCUUGCAGCAGAUUAGCAAGUACAGGUGUAAUGACUGGCAAUAAAGGUGGAAGUUAUGAGAGUACUUCACGUGAUCGACUAGUAUAUUUAACGACAUGUCUUAUUGGGCAACAAGUGGAAGUCCAGGUGAAAAAUGGAUCUAUAUACUCUGGAAUAUUUCAUGCAACAAAUACUGACAAAGAUUUUGGAAUCAUUUUGAAAAUGGCUUGCUUGACAAAGGAUGGUUCUUUCCAAGGGCAGAGGUCUGGUGUAGAAUUUGUCAGCAAAGCUCCAUCUAAGACUUUAAUUAUACCUGCCAAUGACCUUGUACAAGUCAUAGCGAAGAAUGUUGCUGUUUCCAGAGAUGGCCUAUCUAGUGAAUCUCAUCAUGAUAUGCAUGAGGAGAUCAUGGUUGAUUCAGUAAUAUCUCAAUCUCGUCAUGUGGAGCUAGGUAGAGAAUUACAAAGAUGGGUACCUGAUGAAGACGAUCCACAAUGCCCUGAAAUGGAAAGUACCUUUGAUGGCCCUUGGAAAAGGGAUUGGGAUCAAUUUGAAACAAAUGAAAUGUUGUUUGGUGUGAAAAGCACAUUCAACGAGGAACUCUAUACAACAAAGCUCGAAAAGGGGCCUCAGAUGAGAGAAUUGGAAAAGGAAGCAUUAAGAAUAGCAAGAGAAAUUGAGGGUGAGGAAACCCAAGAUCUUCAUCUAGCAGAGGAAAGAGGGAUUUACCAUAACUUUAAUAUUGAUGAAGAGACCAGAUUCUCUUCAGUAUAUAGGGGUAAAGGUGUUGAUGAUAGUGGAUAUGAUGAAAAUGAGGACAAAUUGUCAGAUUCACAAAAUUCUGAAACAUUUGGUGACAUGUAUGGUUCAAGCAUUAAGAAACCAGGUGAAAUAAGUGGUCGAAGAGGCAAUACUGGAGCUCAAACAUGGUCAAAUUUCACCUCUGUGGAUCACUCACAGUCAUCUCAGUCAAGUACCGGUGUGGCUUUGUGUCGCUCUGGAUCUAAUGAUCAUGCUAAGCAGUUAGCACCUGAACCCCCUGCCCAAAGUUGCUUAGUUUCAGAUGGGGAAAGAAGGAUUCAGGAGAACUCGGUUAGCGAUCUGGAUGGAGCCCAUGAUAAUGCCGUGGAAGAAAAUUGGACACAAGCUGAGGAUGCCCAGCUAUCAAAAUCUGAGGAUUUACAGUCAUCACUCAACAUAAAGAAAGAUGGUUCCAGUGAAAAGGGGUUAUCUCCUGAUGCAGCCUCUGGUACCCCUUCUACUAAUAUUUUAUCGAAGACUCAUGAGGGAACUGUUGGGGAGUUGACUGGGGGUUCUGCAUCUGUUAAAGCUAACAAGGAAACAAAGUCUGUAAAUUCACGCGGAAGACUAGGUAGUACACAAUCUGGUUUGGAUUGUGUUGUAGCAUCUUCUGGUCCUGGUCUGUCUCCAAGCUCUUCAGUUGGUUCAAUGUCUUCGGAAAAGUCAACUCUGAAUCCCAAUGCCAAGGAAUUCAAGCUAAACCCCAAUGCUAAGAGUUUUAUUCCAUCUCAAACACAUGCUAGGCCUCGCUCCCCAGUUUCUGAUGGUUCCUACUAUUACCCACCUAAUGUAACCACUGUACCAAAUAUGCCAGCCAUGCCCAUGGGUAUUGGAGUUGGAACUACUUUUGCUGGUCCACAACCUGUCAUAUAUAAUCCGCAGGUAGCACAAAUACCAUCGCAACCAUAUUUUCAUCCAAAUGGACCGCAGUAUGGACAACUUCCUGGUCAUCCUAGGCAAGUUUUAUACAUGCCAAGUUACCUACCGGAGACGCCGUAUAGGGGACGGGAUUAUUGACCACUUGGUGAACUGCAUUCUUGGCUAGUUUGCUCUUUGCCUGGAAAGAAUGAACUGAGUGGAUGGCGUUAAAGAGUUUCAAAUCACAAGGAUAUCCGCCGCUGAGGAUUUCCUUAAAGGUUGGAUAAUUUCUAGGCAAGCUGGUUCAUACAUCUUUUAUAAGUUAAUUGAUCUUGUAUUCGCUCAUACAUCUUUUGGGAUUUCUUAGUUUUCGGUCAUGUAGUAGCUAAACUCAAUUUUUUUCUUCCUUAGUAUUAUUAUUAUGCAACAUUUACUUUAAAUUGCGUCUUCCCUAGUUCAGUAACUAUCAUUAUUUUGACCUUCAA